AUGAAAGUUGGCACAUCUUCAGCUCCAACUCGGAGUAAAAGGUCGCCGGGCGCUCUUCGCGAGCCCCGGCCUCGGAAAAAGGGAGAAGUAUGCAACAAGGGCCUGGUACGAAAGGUUAAGUGCAGCGGCAACCAACCGUGCAGCCGGUGCGAGGAGCUGCAUAGCAAAUGUACCUACAACGAACCAUUUCAGGCUGAUAUUGACAGCUUUGACCGAUCCCCGGCCGACCAAGACCUUGAGGUCACGGUCGCGCGAAUGAACAGGAUCUGUGAUCAGAUGCAACAAUCGAUGGGCCGGUUUGGCCUAGCUUAUCCGAGCGGGUCCUACCUACAACGAAGACAAGCGAACGACAACGUACCCCAGCCGAGUAAACCCCUCACCCCUACGGACUUCCGACACAACUUGAGUCUCACGCGAGAUGCUAUAAGCGCAAAGGGCCUGCCAUCUCCUCUACACUCCCAAUAUGGCCCUCACUCUGUCACUAGAGACGCAUUAAAAUCCCCAGACGCUUUGAUCAACUUAAUGCAAGCUGCACGACCCGUUUUGGAACUCGGCCACGAGAAGGUCACUCAGGUUUUUACAAUAUUCAAGGACGAGAUCUACCCUCUAUAUCCUUGCAUCAGCUUAGAACUUGGCUAUGAGGCUGUCAACGGUGUCUUUUCGCUUUUGAAAGAUGCUUCAUACGGGGUUACGUUGAACGUGGAUAUAAUCGAUGUCGAAAUCAUGAAAGCGGUUGUGGCAAUCGUCUUGCUGGUUAGAGGUGACACAGAAAACCCACUGGCCUCUGAUCUUGAAGCCCAGUUGGUGUGGGGUGUAGAUUCGUGUUUCGAUCAAGUGAAGCCCCAGGUUGAGGAUAUCGUCAUAGCAACUUUGCUGGUAAGCUACUUAGCCCGUCUCCAGAUACGCACGUCCUCUGCUGAUAAAUGGGGAUUCCUGGUUCUCACACAGUCGAUUUAUUUAUACCUCAAGCAAAGACCAGUCAAAGCAUGGCGGUUAGCUGGAGUGGCCGCGAAGUUGUGUCUCGAGCUCGGUCUCCACCGAGAAACGUUCUUUGAAGAUCUUAAAGUGCUCCCACAGCGGAUUGUCGACUGGAAGCGUCUGUUCGCCUGUGUUUAUCGUCUGGAUAGGCAAUGCAGUUUCUAUUCGGGCCUACCGUGGACACUACACGACAGAGAGAUCAAUGUCUCUGCACUUAUAGUAGAACCACAAGAGUCCUAUAUAUCAUCUAUGAUCUCCUUGGACAGAAAUCUCUCUGAGAUAUGGACUCUCGUCAACGCUCCGUCAUCUCAACCUAAAAGUAAUAAAGAACAGAUUGAGUUCCUCAACUUUCAACUACAAAAGCUUGUCGACAAGAUGCCGACAGAAGAAUUCAAGUCCCUAGAGCCAACGGUAGUUCCACCAUCAUGGCUACAGGCUGAACUGAAACAGUUUUACCGCCUUCGCGCGCACCACAUCGGGAUCCUCGCACAUAUUGGGACAUCCGGCUCAAUACGGGAUUCUAUAUCUGACCCAAAGUUGACUAGAACUCUAGUGGCUGCAGCUGCACAAUCGGUCGAUCUGCACGUGGAAAUGGUUAAUACGGGCAAAAUUAGCCCACUCGUGUUGCUCACGGCGAUGAAACUGCUCCUGGGCUCUCUAUCUAUUAUGCUGUUUGCUGUCUCGCACUAUCCUGAGGAGUACGAAUCGCUGUAUAGCAAGCCCUUCCAAGCUGCUAUUGAUAUUCUUAGUGACGUGCAGAACUACAUCAAAGAUCCGGACCUGAACAUCUGGGGUACCUUGGAGGUAUUGGAGAAGAUUGUGGAAACGAGUCAGACGUCACAAUCUCAGAGGUCAGCGCCGUUGAUCGAUCGCAAGAAAGCCACUAGCAACGUCUACCAUGGAGAGGGCUUCGGUAAAGGGAGCUUGUUUGAGGAACUCCCUACGCCGGACUCGGAAUUGUUCUCCAUGUUAGGAGAUUUCAAUAUGGCAGCAACUGAUAUAUCACACAUUGGCAAUAUAUUUGGGUAA